AUGAGUGCAAGCAAUGACGUCGACAUGGGUGCUUCACUGCGGCUGGACGAUCUAGAUGAGAGAACUUUACCGAGUUUGCCGAUCCCCGGGGGUAUCCUGAACGCGACAGACGGCUUCACUCUAGAUGAACUCCGUAAACAAGAGCCAAAGCUCUCGGAAACUCUUCCGGAACCGAUUGAAGAAACCUUGCGCGAAAAGCCAACUUGCUUGGAGCCGAAUCUGGAGUUACAAUCUUUGAUGAAGGUAGCUCAAGCAAAGAGUGAUGAGGCCAAGAACAUUCGGCAAGGCCAGCGAGAUCGAAACGAUCACGAGAAGACGUUGGAUGCAACAAGAAUUCGUACAGCUCGCCUGGACCAGCCGAGCACGAAUGAAUCCGGGACACGAGGGACUGGACAUCGAGAAAUCGUCUCGACAAGGAAGAACAGCAAGACCUCAAUUCAGAACAAUUUUCCCAACGCCAAUAAGACAACAGCCAAGAACGAACAUUUGCUUAGUUCUCAACCCGUGGUGAUUGGCAUUCUUCGAGGGAACCAAGCAUCGAGUCUCUUGACAGAUUGGCUCAAACAGCACAGCCUGAACGUCAUUGACGUUCCAGUAAACGGCAAUUGCCUUUCUGGUGUUCUCUUCGCGGCUAUGAGCGGAUUCUUGGGCCCUGGAAAGAUGGAGUAUUCGGAUUGCGUGGAAAAGGAAGCUCAAGUCUGGAAGAGCCGCAUUCUAGCGUUCUGUCAAGAAUAUGUGAUGCUGGAAGCUGCGGGAGGAGCCAUGCGUUUGCCCAACGAUCGACAGACACUGAAGCAGCUCUAUCCCUCGGAAGAGUGGGUUGCGUCGGAAGAUUCUACUCGAAUCAUGAAUCGACUGAUCCGGCAUUAUGCUGAAUGGGAGAUAUUUAAGUUUGAGACUUGGCUCCAUACGUAUUCUGGGGACGAGCAGCCGAGCUGCAUGCUGCGGCAGGUCUUCUACGAGUACCAAUUUACGUCAUUGAAGCCGACGACACAGGACAUAUUCAGACCCGGCGAUAUUGCUACCAGAACAAGACCGGUAUUGACGGAAUCUCCAGAAAAAAGGGAAGGCGACGGAAGGUGGAGACCAUUUCCAGGCACUCAAAUUCGAGGAUCACCUCUACCUAGACUUCUUAGUUCAGAAACAACGGACGUACACCCAAACAUGCGCGAGCGACUGGAUGACGUCCAUAGUAUCCUGAAUAUGCCGCCAGUCGUUGCUAUCCCUCAAUGGGAAUUCGAUUUACAAGAGGACGAGGAGGGGCACGAAGCUGCACAACAACUAAUGUCAACAUCUCAGGAUGGAAAGACCGUGAAAGAUCGAGGGUGA